AUGUCCUACUACGACAACCCUCAGUGGUCUGGCCCGGCCCAGAAUAAUUGGGAGCACCAGGGUGCCGCUGCCCCUGCUCGCACCGCUGGUGCCAGCGGACCCCAGCCCCAAGACGAUUACGCCUUCUCGUAUCAAUUUGACGAGGUUGAUCGCGCCUACGAGAACCUGCAAAAGUCGGGCAAGGGCUAUGGAAUGGGCGGACGCCACUCUCGAGCCUCUCACGGUGGCGGCCCCCGCUCUCACGCCAUCAACAACUUCGACGACGUCCGCGGCGCCCAGGGACCGAACCUCCACAACUUUUACGCCUCCCAGCGCCAUCAGCCUUCGCGGGGCACCAACGAGGCAGAGCAGUUCAUGCAGACCAAGAGAAGGAUGGCGGCCCAGCGGGAACGAGAGCUGCGUAACCGACACACGGAGCAGCAAUACCAACGAAAUGACUUGGCUGAGGCGCCCCAGCACGGCAACAAGCACAUGUCUGAGGAGGAGACGCGCGAGCUCAUCGCCCGUCAGCGCAGCGCCCUCUACGGAGAAGGGCCCUUUGCCGACAAGAGUAGCUACGUGGACGAGUCGGGCAACAUCCGAUCCGGCGCUCCCCGCCCCAGCGGCCCCUCGAGCAUCCGCGGCCCCUCGCCUCUGACCUUUGACGGCGUUGGUCGAACCCCCUCGGUUGCGGAUGCCGGAACACCCGCCUCUGCCAGUGACCACAACAACGCCCCGGCCAUCCCCAGCCCGCGCCCGCAAAGCACGACCAGCCCUCAGACUGCCGGGCCCACCAACAAGGUUUUCGACAACGCCAUGGGCCUGCAGAGCCGCACGAGCACCUCGAGCCCAACUGGUGCAUCUCCUCCUCGAGACCUGGCCCCGGGGUCCAAGCCUGGCCCGUCCGGGGCAACGGUCGCGCCAAUCGGCACCCGCCCCUCCGGCACGCCGUCGACAGCUACAUCCGGGAAGCGCUCCACCACGCCCCUUGCUUCGCCCGGCGGCUGGGGACGCGGCAACGGUGUCUGGGGCCAGUCCUCUGGCCUCGGCGCCCAAGCCAGCGUGUGGGGGUAA